AUGGAUAUUCAGCGCCAGUUUCCUGGCAUGCACUGGAUCUGCGGAGGAGGCAUCUCCUACGUGUACGAGGUCAACCCUCGCAUCGUGGUCAAGGUCCCACAGAGCGGCAACUUUAAGAGAGAGCAAUUUCGUAAAGAGGUCAAGAUUUAUGACUUGUUCUCGCGUCAUCCGCCUUGCCCCUCGGUGGUACGGUGUUUUCACCAUUCAGGCAACGGCAUUUUCCUCGAGUAUAUAAUAGAUGGAUCCCUUUCUUCUAGGAUACAAGCAAAUCACAUCCGUAACCAGAAAAGCCAUAUAGUUACCAAAGUCGAAAAGUUAGAACCUCUGCUCCUCAGGAAACAGUGGAUAAACGAUCUUACUCAAGCCGUUGCUUUUCUAGAAUCGCUCGGCCUCGCUUACGGGGACCUGCGUCCUGAAAACAUCCUGCUUAAUCGCAACCAACUGAAACUGUCCGAUUUCGAUUCUGCGGCGGAAAUCGGAAUAUAUUUCGAGGCUUUCUUGGCCCCAUAUGGACGAUUUCUAAAUGGCAACGAUACGGAUCAAGGAGAGCGUGGAACUUCCGGCUGUCUCGGCCCUCGAAUAGAGCAGUUCGCCCUCGGUUCCUUGUACUACCUGAUAAACUACGGCUUUGAGGUUUAUGGAGAUGAACUUCUCACCGAGAAUCCCAAGGAGCAUGGACCCAAGGUCUUGAGCUUGCUGCAGAAUAUGGAGUUUCCGAAACUAGACGCUGAUUUAGCAAUUGACGAAAUCAUCGACAACUGUUGGCGCAACAAAUAUUCCACGAUUGCGGAAUUGGCCGCUUAUACCGAGUCGCUUCUCGCAAAGCAGAUGAACGAGGAGGCAACGAACGAUGAACAAGCCAAUGAAAGAAAAGCCGGUAGCGACAGCUCUAAUGUCGUAAUUCAAGACCGCUCGGCAGAAGAUUUCCUCUCGAAAAGGGCAGUCUGUGUGGACUUGGAGAAGCGUAGACUUCUUGACCUGCUCUCUUCGGGCAUGCACGCUUCUGAGCAGAUAUGA